UCGCACCAAAAGAAUAUUAAUUGUGGUUUAAAAUCCAAUUAGCUUUGUCGAUUUUGUCUGUGUGCGCAAUCACACGUAAACACGUAUAGAUUCAACUUUAUUUAUUGUUCUUGUAAUAGAUUAAACCUCGUGUGUAUAAAACAAAGACAGACCCUUCUUCCUGAUCUCAUUUCCAGUAGAUAACAACCCAAUUGAAGAAGAAACCAAUGUCUUCCAUGUGAAACACUUCUCGAUUCUCAGCUUCUGGGUACCUCAAACCUCUCUCUCUACGAAAGUUUCGUGCUUUUUUGUAUAAAGCCUUCGUCUUUAUCUUUGUGUUAAAAGAAUCUUCCCCAAAACGAUGUCGCUUUUGUCGAAGCUACGGUGUAUCACAGUAGAUGUAACUGGUACACUCAUUGCAUACAAAGGAGAGCUUGGUGAUUACUAUUGUAUGGCUGCUAAAGCCGUUGGCUUGCCUUGUCCUGAUUAUACACGAGUCCAUGAAGGUUUCAAAAUUGCUUAUACAGACAUGGCUCAAAAGUAUCCUUGUUUCGGUUUCUCCAAAAUGCCAAACAUUGCUUGGUGGAAAACCUGCGUGAGAGAUUCAUUCGUCAAGGCAGGGUAUGACUAUGAUGAGGAAACGUUUGAGAAAGUGUUUAGAAGAAUCUAUUCGACGUUUGGUUCUGCUGCACCUUACUCUGUGUUUCAAGAUUCUCGACCUUUCUUGAGAUGGGCACGGGAGAAAGGGCUGAUUGUUGGACUUGUUAGCAAUGCGGAGUAUCGAUAUCAAGAAGUUAUUUUACCUGCCUUGGGUUUGAACAAGGGAGAGUGGGACUUUGGUGUGUUCUCUGGUAUGGAAGGGAUAGAGAAGCCAGAUCCGAGGAUAUACAAGUUGGCGUUAGAGAGAGCGGGGAACAACAUUGCGCCUGAACAGGUUCUGCAUAUUGGAGACAGUAUGCGUAAAGAUUAUGUCUCGGCGAAGAGUAUUGGGAUGCAUGCUUUGUUGCUUGAUAGGUUUGAGACAGAAGCUGCUAAAGACUGGAGAGAAGCUGGAGCUGUUGUGCUUCCUAAUUUAGUUGCUGUUCAACAGCUCUUGGAGUCUGAUAAGUUGAAAUGUUAAUCAAGAGACCUCUAAGGAAUCUAAUGUAUUGUAGUAUUGCACAUUUUGGCUCUUUCUUCUUCUUGUAAUGAGUAAAAAGAGUUUCAAAGGCAAGAAACAAUUAAAACUAUUCAAACCAAAUAAUACUUCCAACAAGGUGAAGUUUAUAAUAGUUUA